AUGCGGUAUGCAAGGACUUCGUUGAUGGUCAGUGCUGAGCUUACAGGGAUUUUAAAGCGGUGGCACAAACUCCCACGCACAAAAGGGACUCACAAUUCUCGUGCUAAUGGAGCACAACUGGUGCUUGAAGAAUUUUCCUUGUCAUGUGUUGCAGACGUACUUGAGGCUGAGCUGGAAUCCAUCAAGGACAUGUGCUAUUGUCCCCCAGAGGAUGUUUUGGAAGAAGGCCUGACAAGCCUUUACAUUGAAGACAUAUUGUUGAAACUGCGUAGUCCUGGUUUUGGAGGCACCCCAAAAUUCUGGGCCUUGCUUCAGCGACUCAACAAAACAGCUGUGCAAGAGAAACAAAACACUUUGAAGAAUCCUGACUUGGAGUAUCGAGCAGCUGGACGGAAGGUUCCACUCACAGUGCAAGGCAUCCUACUCCUUGAACAGGUUGCAGCCUCUUCUCGCCAUUCCCGUGAUCUCUACCAUGUUCUUCAGUGGCUCAUUACUUCACCAAAAUUUUCUUUUGAAACAUACCAACACUGCAAUGAUUCAGUGUUCAACCCACCUGCUCCUGUCCAAAGACUACCAUCAGGCCAGCAAUAUAUCACAAAGCAGUACAUGCUGGGAACAGUACAUAUUGAAGAAGCCAGCUACAAAGGCAAUGAGAUGCUUUUGGGCGAGUGGUUUUCCCAGCUUCAGCUGGACUCUGUUGACAAACAAAAGAAGACUGGUCUUGAAUGA